GCGCUGCAGCGUCAUAUCGAAGAAGUCAUUUGAGGCAGUUGAACUCCUCCUCCGCCGUCCGGUCGGUCGGUUCCGCCUCCUGUCAGCGCGCCUCCAGCAGCAGCAGCAGCAGAUGCCGGCAGCUCUCUCACGGAGUGCGCGGUCCGUCUCUCCUCACGAGAUGCCUCCUCGCUGUGCAGCUUCCCUUCGCUAACUGAUGGAUCCCCUGGACUCGCCUCUCUAAGCCAGCAAGCAGGCUAUGGUAUUGCCUCGGCGUCUGGAGUGACUCGUGGCGGGCUGUGCCUGCUCGCACACUCUCAACGUUUUUGCUCGCGGUGAGCUUCGCAAGAUGCACCAGAUGUACGGGUUCUGCGCCGUUGUGGUCCUCUGCUGCGCGUUUUCUCCACGGUGCUCCGCAGCGCCAAAGACCUGGCGGCCCGACCCCAGGUCAGAACCUGAGCGCGAUGCAGAGCGGGACGACGGGCUGCAGGAGGAGGUAGACGGCCGGGAGAGCAUCCUCUCUAAGCUGCUGGGUGAUUAUGACAAAGUGAAAGCCCUCUCGGAAGGCUCUGACUGUCGGUGUAAAUGUGUUGUCAGACCCCUGAGCAGGAGCGCCUGCCGGCGGAUAGAAGAAGGGAGCGCCGCUGCGCACGACUUCUACACUGUGGAGACUAUCACAUCUGGACCCGAGUGCAAGUGCGCGUGCAUCGCGCCCCCGUCAGCGGUCAACCCGUGCGAGGGAGAGUUCAGGCUGAAGAGACUUAGAGAAGCCGGGAAAGAGAAUGUCAAGCUCUCCACAGUCCUGGAGCUGCUGGAGGGCUCCUUCUAUGGCAUGGACCUCCUGAAACUGCACUCCAUCACCAACAAGCUGCUGGAUCGCAUGGACAACAUGGAAAAGGCAGUAGCUCUGAACCCCACCGCGGUUGAAGUGAAGCCCCGGGAGACCCCUGGGAUGCACGCAGACGCAACGGAAAGCCCACCCGGCCCCCCCCAGGACCAGAAGAGACCAAUUGAGGUCAGCGGGACCGCAGCACACCAAGACCCAGAUGAACCGUACGAAACCUUCAUUGGGGGAAAUCCUCCCUCCCUAAAGACGGACGGAUCUGCUCACAUCGUUGAAGUCAAACCUCAGGUGACUCCCAGAAAUGUGGCUAACAAGGAGGCUCCUCCGGUGUCAAAGACCAGCCCCAAUGGAAUGAUCAUAAGAGGAAUCACCUUUUAUAAAUCCGAGCCGGAUCCCAUGGUGGCCGACGAUGGAGAUCCUGGAGAGAACCUUUUUGAGUAUCAUGGAUUCAGUGGUGACGGCCCAAUUAACCUCUUCGUUGAGGAGAAUCUUUUACGACACAGAGUCCCUCGUCCCGGGACGAGGACGGCACUGACAAAAGGCCCCGAGCCCACCCCACAAACUCCCCCGGAGUUCCGCAGUGCCUCUGGAACCACAUCUGUUGAAGUGUCUACAGAUGUGCGCAGCGACGCUUCCACAGCGAAAAGCUCCACGUUUGAACCAAACACUUCCACGGGGGCGACCGGGACCACGGGGGCGACCGGGACCACGGCGGCGACCGGGACCACGGCGGCGACCGGGACCACGGGGGCGACCGGGACCACGACCGGGACCACGGGGGCGACCGGGACCACGGGGGCGACCGGGACAAGGGCACCGGGAAGUGCUCAACGAGUCACUGCUGGAAACCGGCCCAUGUCAGCGAUGACUGAACUGACCACUUCAUUGAGCAUCGCCGGCGAGGAAACAACCAACGCUGCGAUAGAAGCAACACGAGUAUCUGAAGAUGCAGCCACGGAAGAAGUCGCACCGACACCCACGACGGAGUCCUCCACCCAGGGGGCGAAACAACGAGUGCAGAUCACAGGCGGCAGCAGCGCCGCGGUUCUUUCGAGUAGCCAUGCACCAAACGCAGCCGCAGGGGCCUUGACUACCAUUCCGCCUCCCACUACAAGCAUCACAGCCCACGGCGCCGUGACCACAGCACCAAUGCAACCGACCGCAGCUUCCACGCCGGCCGCCGGCACACGGGCUGCUGCCGCGACACCACGAGAGAAAACUAAAUCCGCCUUCUUUUCGACGUCCGCCAUCUUGCCUCCAAGCACACGGAGGCCGGUCGCGUUGUCUCCCCUCACUUCGGUGCCCGUCACCACACCUGGGACCACCCGUCCUUCAGAUGCGACCACCACCACCACCACCGCCGCCGCCACCACCACCAGCACGACCACCACCAGACAGGCUGCUCAAGCCAAACCGAAAUUCAAAAUCAGCUGGGAGGAGGAAGAUGGGGAGGAGGGACAUCCGGAAUUAGAGGAGCCAAUGCAAAGGCAGGAGGAAUCUCCCUCAAGAAAACCAGGGGAGUGCAAGGACACUUUGGCAACUAUUUCGGAGCCAGUAACUCACAACGCCUACGGCAGGAACGAAGGAGCGUGGAUGAAGGAUCCAAAGUCGGAUAACGACAAAAUCUACGUCACGAACUUCCUCUACGGAAAUAAUCUCCUGGAGUUCCGCAACCUGCAGGUUUUCAAACAAGGCCGCUUCACCAACUCCUACAAGCUUCCUUACAACUGGAUUGGCACCGGGCACGUGGUCUACGGCGGGGCCUUCUUCUACAACCGCGCGCUCUCCCGGGACAUCAUCAAGUUCGACCUGCGCCUGCGCUACGUGGCCGCCUGGACCAUGCUGCACGACGCUCUGGUGGACGAGGCGACGUCGCCGUGGGAGUGGCGCCGCCACUCGGAGGUCGACUUCGCCGUGGACGAGAGCGGCCUGUGGAUCAUUUACCCGGCGCUGGACGACGAGGGCUUCUUGCAGGAGGUGAUCGUCCUGAGCCGGCUGGACCCGUCGGACCUCAGCACGCAGAGGGAGACCACGUGGAGGACGGGGCUCCGGAGGAACCACUACGGGAACUGCUUCAUCGUGUGCGGCGUCCUUUACGCGGUAGACAGCUUCAACCAAAGGGACGCCAAACUGGAGUACGCCUUCGACACCCACACGAACACUCAGAUGACUCCCAGGAUGCCCUUCACCAACAACUACACCUACACCACGCAGGUUGACUACAAUCCCAAAGAGGGGGUUUUGUACGCGUGGGACAACGGGCACCAAGUCACGUACGACAUCAAGUUCGCUUACGUAGACCCGUAGUUUGGGGCGGAGUGGUUAUUUUAAAAAGUGAAUUGUAUGGUUUGAAUGGAUUGUAGAUCAGUCCACGCGGCCUUUAUUAUUGGAGACAAGUGAGGGCCAAAUGUACAAAUAUACUGAAUUAUAUUGAGACAAAAUUGUUUUGUGUUUUGUUUGAAUUUUUACCCCAAAAGAACAUCAACUUGUACUGUAUAUUGUAAUACUGUAGACAUACAAUUCACACAUAUGAGCUAUCAAGAGAUCAACAAAUCCUCAAAUUAUCUGGGUAAAAAAAAUCAAUGUUUCUGUUUUAACACACAAUUUUUUGUACUGUUCUUGUACUUGUUCUUUUCAUCGUAUGACGCAGGUCAUCCGUGUGGCGUGUUCACUCAGCCCAUCCAUACAGACUGUUUUUGAAGAGACUGCAUUAAAGUUGGUAAAUACUAAACACAA